UCGAUUGGUGUGUGCGUGAGUUUGUUAGCCGAGAGCCGAAACCUGCCGAGUGUUUAUUUGGAAAACUUAUUUCAUAAAUUCGCGCCCCCACAAAGACAGUUCGUUAGUGCAAUCAAACGAUCAGUUCAAGUUGGUUAUUGUUAACGGUUAACGUUUAGAAGUACUAAAGUAUAUAAUUCUUCCAGAAUUCUCAGUUUGCUUAUGCUGUGACAAAAGUGCAGUGUAAGUGCUCGAGUGAAAGCGUUAAGCAUAAUAAACGUAAUUACACACAUACUUAAAGCCCAAAAGAGCUACGAAAAAGUGCUGAAUAUAGGCUGAAAGCAAAACUGGGACACAACCAAAACUUAAUUACUCGGCAUUAAUUUUUUGUUCGGAAAAUCGUAAGAAUAAUAAACAAGUCGUUGAACAAGCGAUCAGCGAAGAACGUGUGACACCAAUUUGUAUACGAGGCGACAGUUUGGGACCAGUACUCAACUCAUUAUCAUAAUCGUAUCGUAUCGAGUGCUGCACAGUUAAGAGCGACAACACAUUAAAAAUGCUGUCCAACAAAUUAAACAAAACCUUAAGCAUAGCUGCACUGCUUUUCAUCAGUUGUUGUCUGGCGCACGCUCUGCCAGCACCAGCAGAUGAUGAUGAGAUGGUGAAUGAUGCCGAAUACGAUUAUUCGGAUACGGACGAUCAAAGUAGUACAGGUCAACAAACCAAGCCCUCCAGCAUAGCCAAGGCCUCGAUGGUGCCCAUGGAACAACAGAAUAGCAGCGUCACCGUCACUGGUAUUCUAGGCCAGAAUGUGGUGCUCAAGUGCGAUUUAAAAAUUACCAAACAAAAUGUGGUGCUCUGGUAUCAGAACGACAAGAUCAUAACCAAUGGCAACAGCGUGGUCUUGCCCAACUUCAGUCUGAAUCCCAGCAGCUACGAGUUGACUAUAUUGCAGUCAAGUCCACAGAGCGCUGGUCAAUAUUCUUGUCAGGUGCUGCCACAGAAGGUGUUCAAUCAUGUAAAAGUUGUGCUGGGCGAUCAUUCACUGGAUGAGUUGGCUGCGGAGAGCUCCAAGUCGUCGGCGCAGAGCAGCUUUCAACGCUUUGGCUUUGGCUUUGGCUGCUUGUGGUUCGGUCUGCUGAUCAGCUCUGCUCUGCUGCAUUAGUUUUUCCAUAACUUUAGUGUUUAAGCAAAACGAUUUAUAUUAAAAAUGUCGCUUAGUUAUACAGAAAUUAUGUGUCUCUUCCUCCCCCAGCAACACUCAACACUGUCUCCAAAAAAUAUACAAACAUGCAUUUGAUAAGUCUUGUUUCGCUAUUUGUAAAGUCAAACGAUUUUAUUUAUUAAAAAACCAAAGUAUACAGAAAA